AUGGCUGAUAAUAAAGAACAAAUUGAUAGCGCCACUGGCGAUUCGGGAUUUCAAAAUCCAGAGCAUGAAAUUCAAUCAAACGAUUUCACGACCACGUUGCCUCCACCCGGUGCGGGAGACAUUUUUAAUGAGUCUAGAGCUAAUUUUGGGGAGAAUUUUGAAGACAAAAUUGAUGAAAAUAAAGAAGAAAGAUUAGAGGAAUUCGGUACGCCGAAAUCCGAUCGGGUUAAAAUCAACACUGUAGAAGUAAACAAUCAGUUGCUAAUUAAUUUAAUAGAAUCAAUCCAAGAGAUGAAAUCCCAGAUGCAGUGCAUGGCGAACGAAGUCGCGAAAAAUAACCAGGCGUAUCAUGAAUUAAAAACAGAGUUUUCAAGCAGAUUAACGGUGAUGGAAGCUAAAAUUGCUAGUGACGUACACAAAAUGUAUGAUCCAAUCAAACGCCAUGUUACGGGUCUCACUAGAAUUGUACAGGAGAACGAGGCCAAAAGUGCCGUUGUAGAGGUAAACGUAGCUCAAAUUCAACUCGAUGUGAGUGCGAUCAAAAAAAGGGUCGAAAAUUUAGAGUCAACGGACAAAUUACACAGUCCAAAUACUGAGAGUACUCGGAUCCAUCCACGGUUGACAGACAUUCCGGAAGAAAAGGAAGAAGAUGAAGAGUCGGAUGAUGAAGAGCAGGAGCAUCAACAGAAACAGACCUUCCGAAACGAAAUGACGUCAACCAACAAAAUAAAAAUUAAAGCUCCUACUUUUGAUGGGUCGAGCAAUAAGCGGCCGAUAAAAUUCAUAAAAGAAUUCAGGCAUUAUUGCGAGGUGACGAACCCAACGUUCACCGAAAUGAAGUACCUGCUCAGCCAAUCACUUGAGAAAGCCGCCAAGGAAUGGUGGGAACUGGUCGAGGACCAGGUUAAUAGUUUUGAAGACGUCGAAAAACGAUUUACAAAUCGAUUUUGGAGUCACGACGUGCAACGAAGAGUGCGUAAAGACCUGGAAUUCGGGAAAUAUCCUGAAAAGCCAGGCAAAUUAACAAAAAUGGAAUAUGCAACUCGGACGUUCGGAGCGGCCCGUGAUUUGAUUCCACCACCGAGCGAUCCGGAUAUUGUUGCAUCGCUUUCUCAGCACUUUACCGAGGAGAUUAGAGCCACGAUCAUAAGUCGUGGGUUCGAAACCCUCGAGCAGCUGAUCGAGUUCCUGGAAAAACUCGAUCAGAGCGGGCCGGUUAACACCGGGACGGACGAGCAGAAGACUCAAAGUCCGAAAAACCCGACUCACAAUAACGAUAAAAAUGAGCAGCGUCCAUUCAAAAUGCCUCCGCAAAACAACUGGAACAACAAUGGUUACCAGAACAAUAAUCGUGGAAAUUCAAACUGGCAACAGAACAACCGCCAGAAUUGGAAUCAAAGCAAUGGAGGCUACCAAAAUAAUCGAGGUUACCAUAACAAUAAUUGGAAUCAGCAACAAAACAGGAGCUACAAUCAGAGCUUCCAACAAAAUUAUAACCAGCGUCCGAACAACGGAAAUUUCGAUCGGAAUCAACAAAAUGGCGGGCAAAACAGAGGAAACAAUCGCCCAAAUUACAAUCCUCCACAAAAUCAAAAUCAAAAUUGGGGUUCGCCAAACCAAAAUCGGGGACCACCUCAAAACAACGGGGGAUAUCGGCCACCUGCGAAUAAUAAUACGCAGCAACCACCGAUUCAAACGAUUGAGGCGCAAAUAGAACCUCAACCAUCAACAUCGAAAGCGGGAAACGCGUAG